AUGAAUAAUAAUCAGCAACCUACAUCGAGAGAUGAAAUUUACUUCGGAAAAUCAAUUUCGGGUAUUAAAGUCGCGUUUUUAAUCAUGAUAAUUGGUAGAUUGAAGACUAAAAUACACAGUACAACGAAGAAUCGUGUUCUGAACAGAAUAAAGAUAACCGCCUCUUCAGUGGGUCAGUUAUCCUUGUGCCUGUACUGUAAAUCUAGGUUGAGUAAUUCUGUGACUUCAGUUGGUAGUUCUCUCCAGAGUCGGAUUGCGGAGAUUACAAAUAAAUGUUCGAAAAUUGUAGUCGAGAGUAAUAUUCUGAAACGUGAUGAGGAUAUCACACCCUAUAGACGUAAACCUAGUUACUUGUGUGAAUUGUUCAUUGAAUGCACUGAUGAAAGACGAUCUGAAAGGUUCGCUGUAAAGAGGAAUAACAUUAAUCUAAUUUUAAGACUCUACUUUACUUGUGGUGAUUUAAGUGUAAAUGUUUGA